AUAAAAAUAAAUAAAAUCAAUUAAAUGUCGUUAUUUAAGUAUAAUUUGUGUUAAAUGAAAGUGAAUUAGAUUAAAAAUGAGUAAUCAAAAUACAAAUAACGAUGGUGAAAAGCGUGAAACACCAGGAAAGUCAUUUCCUAUUAAUUUGGCUGCUGCAAAAGUUGCUGUUAAAUCACCUGAUGGAUCGAAAAGUUCACUUAUACUUGGCACACAAUCAAUUCGAGCCUUGAAUCAACCUCAUAUGCGUGUACUAACACAUGCAGUGAAUCCUUCAUCGAGUUCAAUCCCUACAACGUCACCUGGACCAACGAUUAUUUCUACUAUUGUAUCACAAACUAUGCUUAAGCAAGGAUGCCAUGUUCCCUGUGGACCAGCAGCUGUUGCAAACAUAGCUGUGCCAAGAGGUGCUACACCAAUUCGUGGAAUUACUGUAAAUCAACAAGGAACUGUUCGGCAACUGGCACCGCCCAGGACACCUAGUCCUGGGAAUGUUAUACAAGCGGGUACAUCAUGGCCAACUGGGACUACUUUGCAAGUACAAUCUGCUGGGCAAGUUGGUGUUGCUAGUGGUGCUAAAACUGUGGGUCAAAAUCCAUUAUUAGUUACACAAUCUCGUGGUAUUACAACUACCUUACCGAUAAUGCAAGGGCGAGCUAAUAUUGCUCGCAAUCAGCAAUUGUCUGGUGCCACAUCAAGACCUACAACGGCUGUAUUACAUUCGGCUGUUGGAACCCCAGUUGGAACUGCUCAGAUUCAAACAUAUAAGCCAGUUCAAUCGCUUGGAACAUCUUUAACUGUGUCACAAGUAGGUGCAUCGAAGCCAGUCGGAGGUCAAACACUUGUUUACACAACUGUAACAAGUGCACAACAUCUUCCACAAACACAACGAUUAAAUGUUACCACCACACCUCGUCAAUUGACUACAAAUCGCACUGUCUCAAUACCCACAACAAAUGCUACUACAGCGCGAUUAGCACAAAGUGGUGCAACAGUAUUAGCACCAGGUACAAGACUGGCUGUUGUUGUAUCAAACACAUCUCAACCGCAACAAUUAACAUUCUCCGGUACAGGAAAUAGCGGUGGUACAGGUACAGCCAAAGUGAUUGCACAUCCAAAUCAUGGAACUUCAAUACAAAUUGCUCAAGUGCAAAGUUCACAACCACAAACACCGGGAAGUGUAGCCGCAGCGAAACUUACCGCGCAAUUACAGCAACAUCAAGCGAAUGUUGUGGCAGGUACUGUAACACCUACCGCGACUGUUUUACCAGUUACAGUAACUGUCACUCCAACAAGUAGAACAGCUUCAAUCACCGGUCAACCAUUACGUUUUGGACAAAUUUAUCUGGAACGUCACGAAACAGCAGCACUUUUACAGAGUCCUUCUGAUCAGCAAGUGCAACAAAUGCAAAUUCAAACAGUUGGAAAACAGACUUCAUCACCGCGUCCAAGUAUACUUCGUAAACGUGAAAAUACUGACAACUCAACAUUGAAAGCGGCUAAGAAUUUAACACCGGUAUUGGCUACAUUGUCUGCUACAUGUCUUCCACCGGUUUCGCCACCUUCUAGACCUGAUUCACGUGGAACUGGUCAAAGCUCAGCUGGUAGUACUACAAUCAGUGCAACAUCAAGCCCAGGUCCAGACGAAUCGCCAUCACCACCAACCACAGUGAAUCAUCCAUCUUCUUUACAUUCACGGGACGAACGAGAAGAAGAUAGCCGGCCACCAAUUGAAAUGAGUCCUAGAAAGAAACCACGAAAACAACAAUUAACAGGAAAUGAUUUACAAGAACCUAAAUUUGAUAUACAGUUUUUGUCGGAUCGUGUUAAAGAAUGUAUAGAACAACCAAAACGACCUAUUCCACGCACACCAACUGAAGUUACAGUAAAAAAGCCAGUUCCUGCUUCUUUAUUAAACAGUUACCAUCAAACUUGGAAAUCAACUCAUAAUCAUUUUGUGAGAUACACAGAUGUGAAGCCUAAAGAAGAGAGGCAACCAUCUAUAGUCGAUAUCGCAAAUCAAAAACGAAUUCUACAGAAGAUUAAAGGAUGGAAAAUUUAUCAUUUAACUGCACAAAUGGAAGAUUUAUCUGAUUUUGAAAUGCAAGUACAUUCAAAGUUAACAAAUAUGCUAAAAAUUUUAGAAUCGAAAGACACAACUGGUAGAAAUAAGGAUUUAGAUCGAAUUAAUGAUUUAAUUAAGGGUAAUAUGCAACGAAGUAAAAUUAUAAAUGAUGGUAUGCUAGAUGCUAAAGUUCAAGUAAUGAAAAUAUUUGAUCAUAAAGCUCAUGCUGCAGAUAUAAUAAGCAGAUGUGCAAGUAAACGUAAUUACAAGAAACGUGAAAAAUCAUAAAAAUAAGUUUUUUUUUAGUAAUAAGUGCAGGCCAUAUGUGUAAAUAUUAGAUAAUAAAAAGAUUUAUAAUUAUUUGAAACAACAAAAUCAUAUCUCGAAGUAGUGAUUCAUCAUUUUCGAGUAUUCUUAAGUUACUUUUAUUUGUAGACAGGCAGCGUGAUAAA